AGUCACUGACCAGACGCGCAGCUCGCCGGAGCGAUGCUGAGUUUGCGCGAGUGAAAAUAAUCAAAGUCACUGCUUAUUUCGAGCUGUUUUAUCGCGAGAUAUUCGUACGGACCAGUGUUGUGAUCGAUCGAAGAUUCAUCGAUUAAUCGAAGAUCGAAGAUUCUUGAAGAGAGAGAAAGAAAAAUCAGCCCCACAUCGGUCCGGAUGACCGGGCGCCACUCGUCGCUACUGACGCAACCGCCAUCGCCCUCAUCAUCAUCAUCAUUCCAGCCGUAAUCGAUUAAUUGCCACCUGCGCUCGCUCUCCUCCUAAUUGCGAUCAAGGAAAGAGGAAGAGGCGCAGGAAACGGUACUCGGCUCUGCCUCGCGUAGCGCCGCGAGCAAAAAAGCGUGAAAUUAAAAAACGGAAGUUAUACUCUCCUACGCUCCCUCCCCCGUAGUGAUCUUAAAAGUCAUCAUCGUUAUACACCGCAUACCGCGCAGAGAGAAGCGUUAAUUAGACGCGAUUAUAAUUAGUGAGUGUGAUCAAGGGGAGAACAAAGUGUGAUAUGCCAAGGGCUUGAUUGUUGUGCGAAGAUAAAGAGAAGAAGAAGAAGAGAACAUGGAUCAUCAUCAUCAAGUAGCAGCUGCCGACUCGACGGUCAGGAGUCAGGACUCCAACAACAGCAGCGACUCGAAGGAGAGCAAAGCGUCGAAGAUGACGGACAGCACGAGGACGUCGUCGAAGCCCGAGAGCUGUCUCGAGUCCAAACACUCGAAGGAUGGACUGAUCGAGACGGGAAGGAGACAGCAGCAUCAGAAGCCCAGGCAGCAACAGCCGCAGCCACCGCAGGAGCCUAAGGACGACUCGAACGUGCUCAUGUUCACGUCCUGUGGACAGCUGCUGUUGGGUGUCGUGCUGGUGGUCUUCGGUGUCCUGGUUCUAGUCCACGGCGCCGCACUGAGCGGUUCGGGAGCUGGUCUCUGGGCAGGCGCAGGUGCCCUGGUAGCCGGUGCUCUGGGCGUAGUCGCAACCCUGGCCACGAGUUCGAGUGGUAGGACGACUUCCGGCUUCUCCUCGGCGCAUUUGGCCUCGAGCCUCGUAGCUCUGGCCCUGUCCAACAUGGCUGCGAUCACCGCACUCACGGCGGUUGUCAGGGAUUCUCAGAGGGCUGCGCCGGACGUCACGCAGCUCACGCUUCCGGACGACGAAAGCAUCGAAGUGGAGGAAGGCUGGGCCGGUUUGCUGGCCAGUAUCGGCCUCCUGGUGGCCAGUGUCGCCGAGCUCUUUGUUUCGGGCUACACCUGCGUCACCCUGGCGCCUAAACUUUGCGGCUGUCUCAGACCAUCCGACGAUCAGGCCGACGACGAGGACGUCACCGUCACGACUACCGUUGACGGCAAGACCCUCAAGACCCGAAAUAUGGUGCACCAGUGGGUCAUAGCUCAGAACCAUCCGGUAGCCUGCGGUAAGAACCAGCCGAUAUACGUCGUACAGCCGCUCGUGCCUAUGCACCCCAUGAUGCAGACUCCGUACGGAAUGCCAGCGCCGCAUGGGAAAUUCGCCGGUGGCUUCCUUCCACCACCAUCCGCAGCCUACGGAGCCGUACCCAUGCUACCGGCCCACAUGGCUGCAGCAGCCUAUCCCGCCAGGCCGCCCUCGCAAAUCGCCCGAGGCAAGCAGCAACAGCAGAAGAAGCGCCGUCACUCCUCCGAGCAUUCGGACAGUGGCGGUGAGGCCCGUCAGCGACGUUCCUCCAGCCAACAGCAGCAAUCGGCUAACAAGCCGAUGGCCUCGAUCGGCGAGGACAGCCAGCUUCAGCAGGACCUCGCGCGCACCUACACUGGCCUCGAUAAACGCAUCUCCGAGGAAUUCAUCUCCAUAGCUAUGGACCCCGAGAGGAAAUCCAAAGCCUCGAGCCAUCACGGAAGCGAAAUCGGCGCCAACAAGUGAUCGAUUUAUCGCUGGGAUGUGUGAAGAGAUGAUUGCGAGAAUUCAGUUAUGGAAUGUUCUGGAGAUCGGUUUGAUUGAAAGCGACGUUCGGUUGUUGAAGAUAUAAUGUUGUAAAUAAUUUUCUAUGAUUUUACGCGUAGAGUAUAAGUAAUUAGGUUAGACGUAAUUGCGCGAUGUAAACUUUUAUCUUUAGAGAGGACAAAUUUUUCCAAUUGAACUCAAAUUGAUCGAAAUUGAAUAAAAUUGGUUUGAAUCAAACGUAUGAGGGACCUCACAAAAAUCAAUGCUUUCUAUGACUAGAUUUUAACUUUUUACAUAUCGUAAUGUAUGUUCAGGCAUCUUUUUGCCUCGGAUUCGUUUGUGAACGAAAUAAGGUGCUAGUCAGACAAAACGUUAAUUUUUUAUUUGUUUGGUGCUAUUCAAUCUAGCUCGUAAGUUAAUUAUAAUUUACUCAUCAGCCUGCAAUAAAAUUACAGUUGAGAUGUAUAAUCAAAUAAAUUAAGCAAAAGAAUAAUUUUGUAUUAGCGUUAGAAAUGAAAUCAUAAGAUUUAUUUCUAGUUAAGUAUAGGACAGAUUUUUAUUGUUUGUGUAACAUACUAUUAAAAAAA